GCGGAUCUAUUCCAGGAGCUCCCUGCAGCUUUGAAACAAUCCCGGUUCUGAAGCCGCUUCGUUUUCAUCGGGAUGAACCUUUUUCAGAUUUGGACCCGAGCAGAGUGUGCAAAGGGAAAGGGGUGGUGACCCUGAGGGCGACCCUCGUCCACAUCGACGACGACGACGACGGCGAGCCGAAUGUCAUCACAGCUGCAAGCAGCUGGACCGGCCAGAUUAAUGGAGACGGAUCCAAAGCAGGAGCGGCCGAGGGCGGCAGCAGCAACGCGCCUCAUUUACCUCCUGAGAGCAGCAGCCAGCGCCAGGCCUUUUCACCCAGAAGCAUAAGAGAAAACGAAGCUGCUUCUCCUGCAGAUGCUCUGCACGUCGACCCCUCGGCUCCCGGUUGUGUUUAUCCGCGCACCAGUUCAGUCAACCCCACCAUCGUCCUGCUGCAGCACAACAGAGCUUUGGCUGCUGAGUCACUUUUCGCCGUUUGUCUCUCUCUCGCCACAGAGCAGCAAAAGAAUCCGCCUCACUUCGAAGAGCCGGACCCGGACAAAGGCCCCGGUCCCAGCAGGGACUCCGUGAGUCCAGGCUCUGACAUGGACGGGACGAGGCUGCGGCUGGCGCUGCACUCCCCCGUCCGCGGCCCCAUAAGCAAACCCAUUGUGCCUGUUCGGAACACUGAAAAGUCCAAGGACUGGUAUAAGACCAUGUUCAAACAGAUCCAUAAGUUACCCGAGCCUUUUGAGGAAAACCCCUACCGCCCCACCUACAUUUUCCCCGAGACCUUUGACAUUCGCAUGACCCCAAAAGACGAUGGUCCGACCCCGUUUGUUUACCUGGAAGAUGGAAGAACUGUUCCGCGCUCUAAAAGCGACGACCUGGUGGACUCCAGAGGGAGGCUGAUGCCGGUUCCGACUCGGUCCUCGUCCCUCAAGCCGUCCGCCAGAAGGAGCGAGUGGGAGCCGCCGGAUAAGAAGGUGGACACCAGGAAGUACCGCGCCGAGCCCAGGAGCAUCUUCGACUACGAGCCGGGGAAAUCAUCCGUCCUGAAGCUGGAGAGAACGGAUGUAAGUCCAGAAGAUGUAGAUUUAGAGAAUGAGCCUUGGUAUAAAUUCUUUUCAGAGAUGGAGUUUGACAAAGCGAGUGCCCCCUCCUUCAGCCCUCUGGAAACAGCCUCCGACCUGCAGCAGUACUCCUCUAGCAAGUCUGGACACAACGAGGUGGAGAAGGACGGGGGGUCGUCGUCCGGCGAGCCCGCCGCUCCAGAAUGCGACCGACACGUUUACAAGAGUGUCCUGGAGGGCGGCGACAUUCCCCUGCAAGGCCUGCGGGCUUUAAACAAGCGCCAUGGCAGCUCCUCCUCCUCUAAAGUGGAUUAUAAAGGUGGGAAUGGCUGUUUAAUUUCACCCUGCUCCUCUGUAAAUAGUCGAACGGUUCUUGCCAGUAAUGCAAUAGGUGACCAGUGUAAGAGUAAGAAGCCCCUGUCCGCUGCCAAAGCCUGCAUACCGCAGAUCCUGCCCUCUAAGUUCAAGCCCAAGCUGCUGCCACCCGGUGGUGACAGCCAGGACUGCAGAACCGAUGCCGCCAGACAGCCCAAGUCUCACAGCUGCGAGGAUAUUUACCCAGGGCGCUUUGGUGAAGAGGAGGACCGGAGCGUCUCCCCUGCGGUGAGACGGAGCGCGUCCGGGUUCUCCAGCCUGUACCGCACCAUGCAUCACAUCCAGCGGCCCAGUUCGGUCGGCUGCAGCCCGCACGGCAGCGUCCGCAGCCUCACCUCGCUGUUUGAGGCGGCCAAGAGCGACACAGAGAAGUCUGUCGAGACAGUCGGACGGGACAACGUGUCGUCACGGGUCAGCGAGUUCGAAACAAUGAUCCAGCGGUCUGGCGCCGCCCCCAGCCGCUCGUCGUCGCUGUCCGCCCUGGACUCCGGGCGGAACCCCAGCCCGGACCGCGUGGUGUCCGCCGUGUCCGCUGAGGCACUCCUGACAACCGAAGCCACAACGACGGACGUUAGCGCUGCGGCAGAGGGCGGGAACUCCAGGGUUUCGUCUCCAGAGGACGAGGCGGCUUCGUCAUCGGGGGAUGGACAGGAAGUGGAGCAGAUCCUCAGCGGAUCCAAAACCCCUCCGCUCCACCACCACCACCACCUGCACCACCUGAACCAUCCGCUCCUCCUCAAGCCCAGCAAGUGCAAAGGCACCUGCCCGGCCUCCUACACCCGCUUCACCACCAUCCUGCGCCAUGAGAGGCAGCAGGACAAACCGGCCGCUGCAGAGAGGAAGGCCAUGCUGCCGGGAAACCUCUUCCUUAUGGGCCCAGCACCCUUCAGGUUACGGAAGAACCCGCAGCCGCACCAAACCCGACGGACACUGUUGGCCACCAGGGUGACGGCGGGCUCCCAGAGGCCCCUCAUCCCGCGGCGGCUCUCCUCCCUGGAGGCCGUGGAGAAGCUGGAGGGCGGCGGGACGGAGCGGCUGAGUAACGGCCAGGUGUUUGACGCCAACGGGAACCUACUGGCAGCUCAACAUAGAGACUCGUCCCCAGCUCACGGAGAAAGCCAGGAUGAAGUGUUGAGGAAGCGUCAUGGGGACAAAGAGAAAAUCCUGGAGGAGCAGCGGCGGCUGAAGCGGGAACAGGAAGAGGCCGACAUCGCGGCCCGGAGGCACACGGGGAUUGUGCCGACGCACCACCAGUUCAUCACCAACGAGCGCUUCGGAGACCUGCUCAACAUCACAGAUAACGCCGAGAAACGGAAAUCAGGCGUCGAGAGAACUCCAGCCAUGGCGCGCUUUGACUUCAGAGCAGAAAGCCUAAAGGAAUUACCGUUUCAAAAGGGGGAUAUUGUGUACAUAAUCCGACAAGUUGAUCAGAACUGGUAUGAAGGCGAACAUCAUGGAAGAGUCGGCAUUUUCCCACGAAGUUACGUUGAGCUCCUGCCUCCGACAGAGAAAGCCCAGCCAAAGAAAAGCGCCCCGGUCCAGGUUCUGGAGUACGGAGAAGCGGUCGCCCGCUUCAACUUUAAGGGAGACACAGUGGUGGAGAUGUCCUUCCGGAAGGGCGAGCGGAUCACGCUGAUCCGCAGAGUGGACGAGAACUGGUACGAGGGGAAAAUCUCCGGCACCAAUCGGCAGGGCAUCUUCCCCGUCACCUACGUGGAAGUGCACAAGCGGCCGCGCGUGAAGAACGGCGUGGACUACCCGGACCCGCCGGUCAGCCACUCGCCGCAGCGCAGCACCAACGCCUCGCCGCAGCUGUAUCGUAAUCGCCUCACCACCUCCCCCCUGCCGCUGCCCCGCUCCCCUCGCCGCUCCGUCUCGCCCGAGGUCCACGCCGUCUCCUCCGAGUGGAUCUCCCUCACCGUGGGUGGUGGCAGCCCCCCUGCCGCCCCAACACCCCCCCUGCCGCCGCCGCCCACCGUCUCCUACCGCUGGGGCGAGUACCUGCCCCCGCCGUACUCCGCCAGCCCCGUGCCCUACGUCUCCCCCAUGGCGUCGCCCUCCGCCUCCCCGCUGCCGCCGCCGCACCCGCCCAGGCCCGGCUCGGCCACGCCCUUCCUCACCUUCACUCCACCGCAGGGGGAGGACUUCCUGUCGCGCAGCGUGAGCCCCAGCAGCGGGCCGGUGCUUGAAGGCUGGCUGAGCGAGGUGGAGAGCGCGGAGGGGGAGCGGGUCCGGGCGGCCCGGGGCAGCAGACAGAGUAGCCCUGCAGAGUUUGUGAAGAACGAGGCCGACCAUCUGGGACGGAUCUCCAGGAGCCCCGUGAUGCCGUACGACAUCCAGGAGAACAACAACGUUAACUCAUUUGCGGAGGCAGUGUGUAAUGAGAUCUUGAAUAUUGCUGAGACCUCAGUGAGGUACUGCAGCACCCUGUCCCACCACCAUAAUGACUCUCUCCAUAGACUGCACCCCCACCCCAGUAAACCAUGUCUCAUCAUUUCCCAGCAACCCCAGUCCCACAGCAGCAGCCCGGAGCCGAGCCGUCUCAGCUGUGGAAUUUUCCAGGCUUUGUACAGUUAUGUGCCUCAGAAUGACGACGAGCUGGAGCUGCAGGAGGGAGAUCUCGUCAGUGUCAUGGAAAAAUGCGAUGACGGCUGGUUUGUCGGCACAUCAAAGAGGACAAAACAGUUUGGGACUUUCCCUGGGAAUUACGUGAAGGAAGUGAAACUGUAACGAUAUCUAAUCUGCCUGUAACACACGGUUGCCUGUCAAGCUUGGGGAAGUUAUUACUACUGCGCAUUGGCUGCUGGGUAGAAUAGUGAUCUGGCCAGGCGAAUACGUUCGUCUGGGGAAGUGAUCAGUGCGGCCGGGGGGAUGUGGAAGGACAGCGGAGGGGACGGCGCUCUCUCCGCCCAAACCGCCAUCACACGUUACUCACUUCUGGGCAGAAUCCAUCCGUCUCCAACAUGUGGGGAUUACGUCACUCGAAUUAGCUGGUGUUGCACAGAUUAUAGCUUCCAGUACGUCCGUGUGUUUAUGUAGCACCUGGUCUAGAUCACCACAUCACAGUGGAUCUUAUUACCGAAGAAGGACUGUGGAGGAGGGAAAAACGUCAUUUUUUGUGGAGCCACCUUUCGGGAUCAGAGGUGCGAAUCAUCAAUCAUGGAUCUUCUUAAUUCAAAAAUAUCUAAUUUACUUCCCAGAUGUGAAAUUUUGUCUGUCAAACAGACUUUUCCCCUUUUAUUCUGAUUGAAGAAAACAAUCAUUUUGAGUUUAAAGGGCAUAUAUCAUUAUUAUUAAAGAUGACC